AUGGGGAAGAGUAGUGUGGAUACAACAACGGCUGCUAGGCGCCUGGAAGCUUUGCGGUUGCUUCUGCAGGCGCAGCAGCUCGACGGAAUCAUAGUGGACGACUCAGAUGCACACGGAAGCGAAAUUCCUGCAAGUGCCUUCGCACGGCGGACGUUUUUGUCGUCCUUCAGUGGGUCCAACGGCUUGGCCUUGGUGACCCGGGAGGCGGCACUGCUAUGGACUGACGGGAGGUACUUCGCUCAGGCAGAGCAGCAGCUGCCAGAGGGUUUGUGGCAGCUAAUGAAAUCGGACUUCGGAAACACGCCGACCCUAUCUCAGUUCCUCAAACAAAAUCCUCAAAUCCGGCGACUGGGUAUUGACGGUUUCUCCACCUCUUUGGGUCUUCUCAAUCAGAUAAGAGAUGCGGGCUUCAGCCUCGCACGGGGGGACUGUACAACUCAGCAGGAAACGCAAGGCGGCGCUGGGAGACAAGUCGUGCCCCUAGAUAGGAACCUCGUUGACGAGGUGUGGGGUCCUCAAAAACCCUCUUACCCGAACAGUACGGUGUACGUACAUCCAGAGGAAUAUCGGGGUCUGUCCACGCGGGAGAAGGUGGCGAGAACGCUGGAAGCAAUGGCUAAGGAAGGCGUUGACAUUCUGCUGCUUUCGAGUUUGGACGAGGUGGCCUGGCUGACGAACUUGCGGGGAUCGGAUCCGCCAAACAGCCCAUUGUUUUAUUCCUACGCCUUGUUGGUCAGAGGCCCUUUGGAAACCUCUAGGGGAACCCAGAAAGGGAACGCCUGGCCCUGGCGUUUGUUGCUGUACACAGACCCCAGUAGGGUGUCGACAGAAGCCAAGGCUGAGUUGGAGAAAGAGGGCGCCAUCCUAAGGCCAUAUGAGGAGGUCUCCAGUGAUCUGCAACUCCUGCUUAACUGGGAGGCGCGUAGCCACCACCAAAGAGAGCAAAAAAAGGAAGACGGGAGGCAGCAGCAGGACCUUCAGCAGCAGAGACCAGCGGGCCUAGUGGCUGCCGUUGACAGCCUGCUGUCGGGCGGCGACUCUCAUCUGCAGGAGCCAAGCCCUAAGCUGACGAGGCAGGAAGCCGUGGAGACACAACAAGCCGCAUGGCUGGACCCCAAGAUCAACGUGGCCAUCCACCGCAUUGUGGCCGAGUCAAGACGCCUCAUUGUCAAGGACACGCCUGUCGCCGUCGCCAAGGCUUGUAAAGGCGAAAGAGAACUUAAAGGAAUGGUAGAGGCGCACGAGGAGGAUGGGGUUGCUUUGGCCACCUUCUUCUGCUGGUUUGAAAAGCAGCUACUCGCCAACGCCAGAGCAGCAGCAACACAGCAACAGGAACCGCUACCCGGCGAAGGGGAAUGCAUCCUGACAGAGUUUACUCUCAAGGAAGCGGUAGACGCGGCGAGAGAAGCUACCUGUUCGUUGUUUAGGGGGACUUCCUUCACAUCAAUAUCUUGUUUCGGCUCCAACUGCGCCUUAGCGCAUUACAGGCCGGACCCGAAGACGAGUCUACAGCUCAAGGCGUCAUUAUCUGAGCCUGGAGAUGGGCUGUGUGUUACAGUUAGAGGCCCUGGUGGGGGAGUUCUGGCUCAAGAGGAAACCCCAGUGUUCCUACUGGACUCUGGGGGACAGUACCUGAUGGGUACAACAGAUGUAACUCGCACGCUGCAUUUGGGCCAGCCCACCGAGGAGCAAAAAGAAGCUUACACCCUUGUGCUCAAGGGAAUGAUUGGGCUGAGCGCACAGAAGUUUCCUGAGGGCUCCAGGGGGCCUCAGAUUGAUGCACUGGCGCGGCAGCACCUCUGGAAUAAAGGCCUAGACUACCUUCACGGGACUGGCCACGGCGUUGGGCACUUCUUAAAUGUGCACGAGGGCCCCAUUGGCAUAUCUCCCCGCUUGACGGGGGUGGCCUCCCUGCACGAAGUGCGCCCUGGUGCUGUCCUUUCCAUAGAGCCAGGCUUCUAUAAGGAUGGGGCAUUUGGAAUUCGCAUCGAGAACCUGGCGGCGGUGAAGCCGAGCGACCUCAUUUAUCGGGGUCGUCGGUUUCUACAGUUCGAGUCUCUUACUCUGGUGCCUAUUCAGGCCAGACUCAUAGAAGCUUCGCUUCUCUCUCCUCAGGAGGUAGCCUGGCUUGACGCUUAUCAUGGAGAUGUUUAUUCGCGCAUAUCAUCUCGGCUGGCUGCUAAGGAAAAGAAGGCUCCCUUUUGCCCACCUUUGCCCAAGGCGGUUUCUGUCACCAGCGAGGAGGUCCUCGCCUGGUUAAGGAGGAAUACCAAACCCCUGGAGCAGCUCCUGCAGCAGGAGUUUCCUUAG